AUGCACACCGAAAUCGAUUUCUCUGCCGUUCCUGGCACUUCUCAUUUAGUCGACCUCGACCGCACUAGGGAGACCGCCGAGACGGAGUCAGGCAUUGUGCUGAUCCCGACUCCGUCGGACGACCCUAACGACCCGCUCAACUGGUCUCGUGGCCGCAAAUGGCUUGCCAUCUUCUGCACCGUCGUGUUUAUCUUCGGCGGAAGUGUUCCUGGCUGCUGCAUAUACUCGAUUUUGACAGAUAUCGCUGAGGAUCCAGACGUCCACGUGACCGUUGGACAGCUCAACGAGGGGACAGGAUACAUGUUUCUGUUUCUAGGGAUCGGUAAUCUGCUGAUGAUGCCUCUGGCCCAACAAUACGGAAAAAGACCGGUUUACCUGAUCUCGUUGCUCGGAAACAUCAUGUUCAAUCUGUGGCAGCCGUACACGCACUCGAACGGUGAGUGGAUUGCCUCGCGCAUUCUGAACGGGUUCUUCUACGCUCCCGUCGAGUCACUGCCGGAAAUCACCGUGGGCGACUUGUUUUUCGAGCACGAAAGAGCAACGUACAUGGGUAUUUACAGUGUUGCACUCUUUGGCUCCAAUUACAUGGCACCUAUGCUUGCUGGGUUUGUGAGAGACGGCCUUGGAUGGAAAUGGACGAUCUGGAUCGCUUGCAUUUUCGGCGCCGUGUGCUGGUUUUUCCUGCUAUUUUUCAUGGAGGAGACCAACUACACCAGAAGACUCAGAGUGAGAAAGGACGACGACGGAAACAUUAUUGCCGCCAUCACGAGCCGCGGCGAGCAGAAGACCGACGAGAAGAACCCAGACACGAUGCUGGUCGUCACGAGCAACGAGCUCGGCAACCAGGCAGCGCUCAUCGACGAGGAUAUCACGUAUCCGCCGCCAAAGACGUUCUGGCAGAAACUGUCGCUGACCAGCGGAGUUCGCAAGGAGAACCACCUGCUGGACGAGUUCAAGGCCAUUGUUCUCAUGGCCCAGUUCCCUGGUGUUCUAUACGCCGGCUUUCUGUACGGCUCCUCGCUCUUCUGGUACUCUGUGCUUAACGGCACAGAGGCUCUGGUUCUGAGCAGCGAGCCUUAUAAUUUCUCGUCAUCCAUGUGCGGACUGGCCUACCUAUCUCCUGUGAUUUUCUGUCUCCUGAUAUAUCCAUUUGCCGGCUGGUCCACUGACUGGGUGAAGAUCAAAAUUGCCAAACGUCACAAGGGUCUUUCCGAGGCCGAGGACCGUUUCUGGGUGCUGCCAGUGUACAUGAUUCUCGGCCCGAUGGCUCUAAUUUUAUGGGGCGUGGGAGCAGCCAAGGGCGUGCACUGGUUUGGCGUCGUGUUUGGGCUCGGCCUCAUGGCUGGUCUCUGCACCAUCGGCUGUGUCUCCGCGGUGACGUACAUCUUGGACUCGUACGAGCACAUGAGUGCUCCAGCAAUUACCGUGGCUAUUCUGAUCAGAAACACCAUGAACUUCGCGAUGGACUACGGAAUCACGCCGUUCUACACCAACGUCGGCGUCCAGAACUGUUUUGUUGCCUCGGCGUUCAUCUGUUUCUUCUGCAUCGGCACGUUUAUUGUGAUGAUCUUCACCGGCCGCUACUGGAGAAACAGAACCAAAACCCGCUACUGGAAAAUCGUGCAGGAGUACAGAGCCAAGGGCCUUAUCAGCUAA